CAAGCGAUAAAACCUCUUGAGUAAAUAAAACACGCAAAAUUUGUGGAAGUACGUGAACGAACCAAAUGCAAUAAAAUCUGUAAAAGGCGAAGUCGUUUAAUGUUAUACAAAUCAACGCCGCCAUUGCAUCAACGUUUUAAACAGCUGAUUUGUAGUUUUCCUUCCAAAAUUGAAAAUUAUAUUCUCUGAAUAAGUUGAAUAAUACGGUCACAGGCGGAUUGUGACAAAAAAACCGUCUCACACUUAAGAGAUAAUGAAGGGAGGUAUCUUCUUGGAGAACUCAAAUAUUAGAGAUGGCAGAAUUCAACUUAGAUGCACCUACAAUAUCUUCAAAUUCCACUAAUUCAACUGUUUAUUUUGAUGCCUGCUCAGAUCAAGGAGAUGCAGUGUCUGGCAGUUCGGAGGAGAACUUAAAUGGUCAUGGAAUACUUACUGACAGAGAAGAAAAUACAAAUGUAGUAGGAGCAGCGAUUUCACAAACAUCUUGUAGUAGUACAGGUACUACAGACGAGGAACAACAGGCAGAGUCUACAAAUACAACUGUGCUUAAACCUCUACACGGGCAACAUAGUGUAGAAAUUGAUCCAAGCAUAACAUCGCAAGAUCCAACUUGGAGAGGACAAAAGAAGCAUAUAUUUAUUUUAAGUGAGGCUGGAAAACCAAUAUAUUCAUUGCAUGGCAAUGAGGAUAAGUUGGCCAUCCUAUUCGGAAUCAUUCAGGCAUUGGUUAGUUUCGUUGAAAACAGUCAAGAUGUGAUAACAUCAAUAAGGGCCAAAGGCAUACUGUUCGUUUUCAUGGUUAAAAGUAAUUUGAUUUUCGUGGCUGCUUCAAGAUCUAGUAUGAGUGUUUCCCAAUUACAAAUGCAACUCAACGAUGUCCACAACCAAAUACUUUCUACGCUAACUUAUAGUCAACUAUCAAAAAUAUUCCGCCAGCGUAAAAAUUUCGAUUUGCGCCGCUUGCUAGAAGGCAGCGAACGUUUGAUCAAUAACCUUUUACUUAAUGACAGUAGUAAGAAGAUCACCAAUAAUGUAUUCGCAUUCCUAACAAACUCAAUACGUAUUCUGCCGCUGCAGACUUCCGUGCGCUCUACCAUUGCACAGACAAUUAAAGAGAACUGUUCAAAAAUAAAAAAUCUAGUAUUUGCUAUAAUGAUAGCUCAGAAUAGGCUUAUAUCACUGGUACAAAUGAAGAAAUAUUCUAUACAUCAGGCAGACUUAAGAAUUAUUAUCAACUUAAUUGAAUGUUCAGAGUCAUUUAAAACUUCCGAAAAUUGGACACCGAUUUGUUUGCCGAAAUUCGAUAUGAAUGGUUAUUUACAUGCGCACGUUUCCUAUUUGGAAGAAAACUCACCAGCAUGCCUUCUUCUACUCUCUGUGGAUCGUGAUGCCUUCUUCACACUAUCGGAAGCUAAGAGAUCGAUUACAGAAAAACUGAAGCGCUCUCAGUGUAUUGAAUCCAUAAACGAGGCCGUCAAACAGACAACAAGGGGCCGUCACCAACUCAACUCAAUAGGAAUUCCGGAGUUACGACACUUCUUGUACAAACCCAAAUCAGCCGCCCAACUACUUUGCUCAGAAAUUGUAUCUCCGUACAAUUCGCUAACGGAAUUUGAAAGAUUAGAAGCAAUAUACUGUGAUCUUUUAGAACGUGUGCGCAACAGCAAGCGUCCGCUUAAGCUUAUACUCGAAACUAGGAGCGACGAAGUGGCAUUGGCAUGGUCCACCGAAUACUACGAAUUAUUUGUCAUAUUCGACCCUUUAACGCAGAAAAGUUCUGUAACCAAAGACGUUGACAAAUUAAUCAAAUGGAUUGAGAAAGAAUAUGAUACCUACUUUAUACGAACACAUCCAACUUUUUAAUUUUCAUAGAGCCUAAUCAAAUUAUCAUUAAGUAAAAGUAUUCGACUGCGAUAUGUUAUAUUCCCCUAUGCAAGUGUAAUUACAGAGGCCUCUCUAAGAAUAUAGCGUAAUUGGUUCAUUUCUAAAUGCAAAAUAUCUCAGUUUUAAAAAAAAUAUAAACAUUAAAUUUAAUUACUCGUAAAUAAUGUCUGUUGCUAGAUAUAAAUAAAGUGUAUAUAUGCGACGAG